ACUGUUUCUUCCAUGCGAGAAAUUGCGUAGCAGGAACUCGUUGGAGCUUUCUUCCCUGACACGCAGAGACACUUAGUAGAGAGAGAGAAGGAAAGAUGUUGUUUCAGGUGGGAGGGGAUGGAACGCGCCCCACUUUCUUCGAGAUGGCCGCGGCUCAGCAGCUUCCCGCCAGUCUCAGGGCUGCUCUAACCUACUCUGUCGGUGUGCUUGCUCUUAGAAGACCUUUCCUACAUAAGGUGUUGGACUACGACGAUGAGUUCUUCGCGCUACUGAUGAUGGUUCUUGAAACUCACAGCUUGCGAACUACUGAUGCUUCUUUCUCGGAGUCCCUAUAUGGCUUGCGAAGGAGAGCAGUAAAGAUUGCAGUGAACAAGGAGAAAAUUCGUACAGACUCAGGUGAUAGGGUUCGCCACUCUGGAUUAGAAAAGCACCAAAAAGUUCUCUCAGUUGCAUUUCUGGUUGUUUUACCAUAUUUUAAGUCAAAGUUGCAAUCAAUCUAUAACAAAGAAAGGGAAGCGAUUCUUCAAGCAAGUUUGUGGGGAAAUGAGGAUGCUGAUUAUUUUGAUGGAGGUGAAACUUCUCCUGUCCCAAGGGGAGCCUUGGGUGGAGAUGCAUCACGUUGGGCACGAAUCAGAAAGAGGAUUGAGGCAAUUAUAGCUGGUUGCUACCCAUGGAUACAUGCAGGCAACGAAGGGUUGUCAUUUGCUUAUCAGCUGUUAUAUCUUUUGGAUGCUACUGGGUUCUAUUCUCCAGGGUUACAUGUGCUAGGGGUUCAUGUCUGUCGUGCAACUGGACAGGAGCUGAUGGAUACAUCCUCAAGAAUUUCAAGGAUAAGAAGCCGUGAACGGGAGAGACUGCGUGGCCCUCCCUGGUUGAAGGCAUUGCAAAGAGUGUUGCUCAGCUGUAUAUAUACGAUGUUGGAUUAUGCACAAACUGGAUUAAUUGCGGCAGUUUUCUUUUUCAAAAUGAUGGAGUGGUGGUACCAAUCUGCCGAAGAAAGAAUGUCAGCUCCAACUGUGUAUCCCCCGCCUCCCCCUCCUCCGCCCCCAAAGGUUGCCAAAGAGGGGAUUCCAUUGCCACCAGAUAGAACAAUUUGCCCUUUGUGCUCACAGAAGCGCGCAAAUCCAUCAGUGAUUAGUGUUUCAGGGUUUGUCUUCUGUUAUGCUUGCAUAUUCAAGUAUGUUUCGCAGUAUAAGCGCUGCCCUGUUACAUUGAUGCCUGCAACUGUGGAUCAAAUCCGGAGGCUCUUCAAUGAUUUGUAGCAAGUUUUGAGAGCUGAUUUCCUACAUGAAGUUGGUAAUGACCAUGUCAGCGUGCAUGGCAAGAAACUGAGAGGGAACUUGCGAGUUGGACAAAGAGGUCAAAUAAUUAAAAAUCUUAACCUUAUCGCUGUGGUGUUCCCCUCACAUCCUCUGCAUGUAAAUGUCAUGUUGACAAAUGGACAGUCUAUAACGAGUUAGAAGUUGUGGACAAAAAAAUGCAAUUUCUGUUACUGCCACUGGCCUGAGGCCAAUGUGCAAAUUUUACGAGUUAGUGUUUGAAAUUGUUAAAUUAAUCUGAAUCUGGAUUGUCAAAAGUCCUUGAAGAUCAAACGAGCUUCUCUUGAUUUUGUUGGUCA